AUGCUACUCUUACCUAUUCUCCUCCUUUUAUUAUCUUCAUCAUUUGACGUAUCGGACGCUUGUCGCUGCGGAUAUGGAUGGUUCUAUAAUAUUAGAACCCAUUCUUGUUAUCAUACAGCUCACCAUCCGCUGCCUUGGUUUGAUGCAGAACAGUUCUGUGAAUCGAAGCACAGUCACUUGGUGUCUGUUGGUGAUUAUGAAGAGAAGGUUUUCGUUGAAAAUUUGAUUGAUCACGAAUUUUUUUCGUGGAUAGGCCUGUCAAGAGAAGACAAAAGUUCGAAUUUUUCUUGGACUGAUGGUAGUGAUGUAGCCUAUACGAUUUUUGACCAAAAUCAACCUGAAGACGGAGAUUGUGUUGCCUGGUCCAUAUUCGAAGAUCAAAACAUUUGGAAGUUCAUUUCAUGCAAUUAUUCUCAGUUCUUCGUCUGCAAGAAACAGUCUUCUUGCACACUCCCAACUAUCAUCAGCGGGAAAACUGAAGGAAACAUCGCUAGCCUCGGUUAUCCCGAAGGAUAUCCUGAAAACUUAUAUGAUCAAACUUUGAUCGAAGUAGACAAAGGAGCACAAGUGACAAUACGUAUAGAAUAUCUCGAUACUGAAGAAGAUAAUGAUGUUCUCACCAUCUACGAUGGCAGCUCAUCUCAAUCGCCUAUAAUAGCCAGAUUGUCAGGCUCUUAUAACAACAUAACUUAUGUGGCAUCGGUUAAUGCUGUACUGCUCACCUUUAGGACAGAUGACAUGUUUUAUGGUCGGGGCUACAACGUUACUUUCGAAAAAAACUAUGUCCGGGACACAAUUCAUCUCAAUGAUACGACGCGUGUUAUUAGCAGCCCAGGCUAUCCAAACGUUUUUCCCAUGUUCAUCUCUCAGAACUAUUCCAUCACUUGUGGAGAAGAAAACCAUGCUCUGUUCAACCUGACAGAUGUGGAUAUUUCGGAAAACGAUGUACUCACGUUUCACGAUGGACUUUUACAGGAAAGCGUCUUACAAGUAUUCACAAACAUGACUUUGAAAAAAAAAGUUCAUCUAUUUCGAAGUUUCACAGACACAGUUAUCAUACAAUUUGAGUCAUCCGAAAACUCAACGAGACACACGGGAUGGAAUUUACAGUACGAUUGCGCAAGAAUAGAUGGAAUGGGAGAUGAAAUUAUUAUUUAA